GUACCAUAUUUUAAAGAAAUAGCUAUGAAUGACAGUUGUACAAUAUGCUUGGAUAAUUUUGAGGAAGGCCAUAUUGAGUGCGAGUUGCAGUGUGGUCACGUGUAUCACCCUCAUUGCAUUAGCGACUGGUUAAAAAAAAAUUAUUUCUGUCCUUUGUGCAGGAGGCCAUUCUGUUUC